UACAUUUGCGGCUCAGAUGCUGAACUCUUUUCGCUGGACAUACAGUGUGCUAUCCAUGGUAAUUGUGGUAGAUAACGUGCAUUAGGUUGGUGAACUAUCCAUUUUCGUUAUUCGAUUCUCACUACCUAACCUAGCUCGCUUUAGUACACUUUCGUGCACCAGCCAAGAGGAGACGACUAUUCUCGUUCAAAAGAUCAUUCGUUUCAAUCCAUGCAUUAAGAGUGAGGGAGAGGGAGAGAUAAAGAGAAAGAGAGACGUAAUUAAGCUGAUGGGGCUGGUAAUCAAACUUGUACGCCAGUAAGACCAUGAGUUCACAUAUAUAUGCAGAUGAGAGAGCAAGAGAGAUGGAGUUGGCAGCAGGUUCAGAGAGGCAAAUGGGUUGCUCUCCCUUGGGCAGGAUGAUAUCUAGAGUCAUCAAGAAAUGCAACGGGCGCAGACGACGGAUGAGGAACGAGGGGCUGGACUAUGCCAUGGCAUACCCCCAAGCUCAAACAUGCUACGUACGUCCAACGGCACACACCGUCGCCUACGCCGCCAGCGCCCACCCUCCCAACACCCACGCGAUCUCAGCCGCGCAGCCACCGCAAGUCCACGGUCCGUUCGGCCCAACCGCCGCCGCGCCGCCUCGAGCAGGCGGCAAGCCGCGCAAGCGCAAGAAGUCCAAGUCCAAGAACGUCCGGUUCAGCACGGCGGCUGGGCCGGUAUACCCCGGGUCAGCGCCACCGCCGAACGCUGCCGAUGCAUACCAGCAUGCAUCGGCGGCAGGGACGAGCGGCGACGCGGCGUACGGCGGCCAACGCCAUCACCACCACGCGGCCGCCGCCUCCCACGCGUACUCGUCGGCGCAGCACGGGCACGGCCAGGAGUACGGCUACGCCAGGUACGCGCCGUCGCCGCUAACGCGGUGGGAGAUGCUCGGCUCCUCCGGCACGCCAAGGCGGCACGAGUACUUCUCCGGCGAGUACAGGUGGUCCUACCCGACGCCGGUGCGCGAGGGCAUCUACAGCAUGGCCACGGACGCCAACCGGCUCACGGCCAUCUUCAGCGAGGAGAAUCCCAACGCCUGUACCAUAGUCUGAUCCACUGGUGGCCAGCAGUGGUCAGGGAAUAAAUUUGUAUGAUUUUUAGGGAAAUUUUGCGGUAAUUACUUACGCAGAGUGCGAUGCUUGUAAAACUUGUGUAGAACAGUAGAAAAAGCUUAGUGAAGACAAUAGUGUGUUUUGUAGUACUUUUAUUGAUGUGGUCCGAAAUAUUGUGAUUUGUUCUGCUCA